ACGAAGCUACUCUGCAGCCGUGGUCAUUCAGAUUUAGUCCAAAUUAUACAGUGAUGCGACGUUAUUGCUCAGACAGCAGUUAUGUUUAUUCUUGCUGAGAUACUUUAUUGAAUUUAAGAAGAAGAGACCACUGUGCAUGUGUCCCACUCCCAAUUUAACGCCCUCGUGCCUUUCCUGUUACCAAAUAAAAAGAAACGACUGAGAGGAGGGAAAAUAUUAAGAGGUCUCACUUGCUCACUAUUUCGUGUGAGUGGAAUAGCAUUGCAUCGGAAUAUGUUGCAAGAUUUAUGGCAUCCUGUUGUUGACCAUAGUUUUUCGUUUACUGGUUUACUUGGACCAAAUUGCCAACAGAGUAUAUCCUGAGAUGAAAUGAACUGUUGUUUUUGAGGCUCUGUUGUUGAGAGUGAUUUGCCAUAUUGGUCACCAUGGUAACAGAGCGGCUUGCGGUUGGGGUGUGAGAUCAGUGUGUGAGUGUUACGUGCGGUCUUGCUGAGCAUAAACGAUCUUUGUAGCUACCCUGGCUCCAAGGCUCAUACAGCCUACAACUCUCCAUCGGGUCUAGGCGUGGCUUUGAGAUGGGUGUGGCACCUUGUGCCGGGAAGUUUUCUGUCAACAGUUGAAGGUCUCUGAGGCAGGACAGCUCUCUGGAAGACAGAGAAAGGACAAUAUGAGCCUCCUGCAAAUGCUGAAAUCCCAGUUCUUGAGCCAUCUGAUCAUCUGCUAUGUGUUCCUGGUCAGCGGCCUCAUUGUUAACCUGCUGCAGUUCUGCACUUUACCUCUAUGGCUGGUCAAUAAGCAGCUGGCCCGCAGGGUCAACUGCAGACUAGCCUACUGCAUCAGUAGCCAGAUGGUAGCAGCCUUGGAAUGGUGGUCUGGAACAGAAUGCACGCUCUACACAGACCCAAAGAGUUAUCCACUGUAUGGAAAUGAAAAUGCAAUUGUAGUCCUCAACCACAAUUUUGAGAUAGACUUCCUGUGUGGCUGGACCUUCUGUGAGAGAUUUGGGGUUCUUGGGAGUUCAAAAGUGUUGGCCAAAAAAGAGCUGGCUUAUGUACCUAUCAUUGGUUGGAUGUGGUACUUCCUGGAGAUCGUUUUCUGCAAGAGGAAAUGGGAGGAGGACCGGAGGACAGUGACUCAGAGUCUCCAGAACCUGCGAGAUUAUCCAGAAAACUUCUGGUUCUUGCUUUACUGUGAAGGAACACGCUUCACACCACAGAAGCACGAGAUCAGCAUGCAGGUGGCUGAGAGCAAAGGUUUGCCCAAGCUGAAGUAUCAUCUUCUGCCCAGGACCAAAGGAUUCUGGGUCACCGUCCAAAACCUCAGAGGAACUGUUGCAGCUGUAUAUGACUCCACGCUGAACUUCAGAAACAACGAAAUGCCAACCUUGCUUGGAAUUCUUAAAGGGAAGAAAUAUCACGCAGAUUUAUAUGUGAGGAGAAUCCCUCUAGAGUUGAUCCCAGAAGAUGAGGCAGAGUGUGCUGCUUGGCUCCACAAACUCUACCAGGAAAAGGACAGCUUUCAAGAGCACUACAUGCAGACAGGGCGUUUUCCAAGUCCCAUAGUGAACCCCCCAUGCCGGCCCUGGGCCUUGAUCAACUGGCUGUUCUGGUCCUGCCUGCUCCUCUAUCCCCUAGGCCUGCUACUGGCACAACUGAUCAGCUCUGGAUCAAUAUUGACCAUCUUAUCUUCUGUGGCUCUCUGCACUGCAGCUUCACUGGCAGUUCGAUGGAUGAUUGGCCAGACUGAAAUUAACAGAGGCUCAAAUUAUGGGAAUAAGGAGGCUCCUCUAAACAAGAACUAAGGGAUCCUGACUUACUCUAGAGCUGCUUCUUUACACAGCUACUAAUCUACAAACUGCCAAACACCAGUCUGACAGGCCUCUGAUGGACCAACAAGUGCAAACAUGCCUCAAAGCACAAUGCAGACUGGGUGUUCUCGUAUGGAUACACAGCGCCAGAAGCUCAAGAUAUAAGAUCAUAAAACUGGACAGUGCUGAGCAGCUUAUGUUCAACUUGCUUUGGAGAAAUAAAAAGGAAUGUGAGAUAAGAUAAAAUAUUCUCCUCAAAUCAAAUGCAAAUAUUUGAAUAAAAACAAGACAAACAUUUUUAGUGGUAAUUCAAACUGAAAUUGGAGUUCACUCAAGUGAAAAAUGAGUUAAUGAGUCAGUUUGUACAUUGCAAAUACUGUAAGAGCAGCAGAGAACCAGUUGUGUGUUGUGUGUCAGCGUCCUUGUGUCAGGGAGGGAGAGCAGGCUCUGUUUUUCCUCUUAGCUGGCUACGCUCCAGUCGCAUGAACAGCUCGACAAACCUUGAAAAUUGCUCCAAAAGCACCCGAAAGCUCCAACCUAACAUUUACUUCACAGCAAAGGCAGUGUCUCAUCUUAACAAACAGGUGGUGAAGCAGCACGCUCACUGUCCAACAUUGUUUGGUUAGCUCUCCUUUUGGUUAGUCACAGAGAAAGCCCUUAUCUUCUGCAAUCAGCUUCUCUGGGAUGUUUUUUUUCCCAACAACUUUAUUGAAUUGAAUGUAAAACGGGAAUAUUAGUGAGAACAGGCAUAAACACCAAACAGAAUAAAUACAUAGCAGUUAUAAAUUAAAAAACAUAUUAGGUGCAUGUUGUGAUAAACAUGAGGAGAGAGUCAACACCUGAGUCAUUGCUGUGUGGUUUUUAGUCUUACACAUACUUCUGUUUUUUGUGUAGUAAACUUCCUGAAGGGGUAAGACAGGAAGGGAAAAAUGAAACCUAAAGUAUGCGUAGCAAACAUUUGCCUUGAACAUACUGAACUGUCAUUUUGUUUUGUGACUUUAACGGGUUUGUUGAAGGAAAAAACACCUCACAGCCAAACUUGUUUUAAAACCUGAUUACUUUACACAGGUGCCAUGUAUGCUAAUGAAGAAAAGAUAACCUCAAAAUCACAGUUUUGUAUGCAGUGAUACAUAAAUGAUGUGGUUUAAACUAUACAGGUCUGAGAAAUAAUAAUAAUUGUGACAAAUAUAACAAUAUUAAUAUAUAAUAUGGAU